AUGUCGGGCGGCGGGCCCCUGCGCGCGCCCGGCGCCGACGGCCCGUCGACGCGCGCCCUCGUCGACCGUCGCGCGCGCGACGCGCCGGCGUGGACCGCCACCCGCGCGCGCAGGUUCCUGCUGACGCUCUUCAACCACGAGGAGCGCGACCGCGAGGUCCGCCACGUCGUCUUCCGGGGCCCGGCGCUCGGCGUCAACCUGGCCCUCGUGGAGCACGGCCUGUCGCUCAUCGCCGUCGUGCACAGGGUCUGGCCGACGUCCGAGGCCGUGCGGCACCUCAAGGUCACGGACGAGCUCAUCGCCAUCGGCGACGAGGCCGUGCGCAUCGCGUCGCUCGAGGACUUCGGGCGCGUGCUCGAUCGUUUGGUGGACCCGGACGCGCGGCCGCUCGUGCUCACGUUCCGGCGGCGCCGGGGCCGCGAGAUCGCGGAUCUGUGGGAGCAGGCGCGCCUCCGGAAGCUCAAGGCCGCCGUCGCGGGCCCGCUGGACCGCGCGCGCGCGAAGAUCCUGCUCGAGACGCCCAUGCCGCCGGCGGACGAGAACGGCGCGCUCGGCGCGGGCAUGAUGGACGCGCUCCGCCGGUCGCCGAGCCUGUCCGGGCGGUCGUCGUCCUUCGGGAACCUGAGCGACGCGGGCCGGCCGGCGCCGCAGGACGACUUCGAGGCGCUCGACCUCAGCGGCCGCGCGUGGCUCGGCCCCGCGUCGGACGUGCGCCGCAAGCCCAUGGACACGCCCGAGUCGUGGCGCGGCCGGUCGGCCGAGGACAAGAGCCGCAUCCACCUGGGGCCGUCCUUCGCCGCGGACGUCGCGGCCAAGGCCCGCAAGGACGUCGACACGUCCGAGGCGUUGUACGGCCGCAAGGCCUUUUCCCAGACGAACGGCCGCGAGCGCGCGCGCGACGACGACGACAGCGACGACGACGCUCUCUGGGCGCCGCCCGCGGAGGACGGCCUCGGCGCGCGGACCAUGUCCUUCGAGAUGUCCGUGCGGAGCUCGCCGUCCGUGACGCGCGACGAGUCGUCGGGGAGCCUGGAGGCGCUCCUCGCGGCGACGUCGCCCCAAAACUCGCCGGCGAAGGAGAAGCCGCCGCCGGGCGAGCGCUUCGACGUCCGCGGCCGCGACGACGAGGUCAUCACCAUCGAGCGGUCCGACGAGGCCCGGUUCCUGUCGCGCCUCGACGCCGAGCGGCGGCGCCUCGACGCGCUCCGCGACGCGCGGAAUCUCGGCGCCGCGGCCGCGGAGUCGAAGCGCGCGUCGGACGCGGAGCGCCGCGCGAAGCGCCUCGAGGACUUCCGCGAGCGCAUCGACCGGAACCGGCGGGGCGAGGCGGCGUCGCGGCUCUUCGACGCGGAGCGGGACCGGCGCGUGCUCGAGGGCGACGCGCCCUUCGUCGCGCGGCCCGGCGCGGGUUCGCGCUUCCUCAUGCUCCGCGACGUCCGCCGGAAGCCGGACGACGCGGCGCUCGCCGACGCGCGCGAGCGCUGCGACUCGUCGCCCUGCGAGCUGCCGCCGGGCUACUGGGAGCGCGCGCGGCGCCGCCAGAUGGCCAUGACGACGGACGACCUCGGCGGCUCGCCGCGCGGCGGCCGGGGGCUCAAGCGGUCCGAGACCUGGGCGCCGGGCGACGACGAGGCCGCGCCCGUGGGCUGGGGCGACCUCAUCCAGUUCUUCUGCGCCGCCGACGCCCACGACGAGACCUACUACGCGAACACGCCCGGCUACGUCGCGCGCGACGACGCCGACGACGCGCUCCUCGGCUGCGGCGACUGCACCGACGUCGACGGCGUCCUCGACGAGGGCGGCGAACCCUUCAGCGUCUCGGAAGAUACGCUCGGGAGCGUCUCCCGCGCUGCGAUGGUCAUCCUCGGCUACCACGCGCCCGUGCCGCCCCCGAAGUGGGACGACCACCACGUGCGCAUCAUCCGCGACGCGUCGAACAAGGUCAUCCACCACCGCAAGUCGAGCGAGCAGUUCAAGCCCGUGACCACAUCCCAGUCCCACUUCGCCCACCCCCUCCACGCGCCGACGGUCCAGGUCGUCGACCACGGCACGGCGACCUACGAGGAGCUCCACGGCAACUUCUUCACGAGCCACCGCGACCUGCGGCGCUGCAUGGGCAAGCACACGCGCAUCGUCGUGCCGAAGAGGUUCGGCCGCUACGACACGGAGGCGUCGCGCUACGGCCGGUCCGCGUCGUCCACGUCCGUGGCGCUCGCGCCGGCCCAGCGCCUCCUCGCGCUCCCGGACCCCGUGCCCGAGCCCUACCGCCAGCGGGGGCGCCGCGGCUGCAAGGAGACGGCCUACUCCGAGAGCCUCCUCGUCACGCGGCAGAAGCCCGUCGACACGCAGUGGCAGAACCACCUCUACAUGGCCGACCCGACCUAA